UUGUAAAUCAAGUGUAUUUCGUUUGUAAAUCCUGUCACUGACUGCGCUAGGUCAGAGUUUAUCUUUUUUACUGUAUUAACUGUAUAUUGGAAGGGAAAAGAAACUCUGACCUAGCACGGCCAAUUCAGUAAUAGAAAACGGACCCUUAUUUGAAAUCUGUUUGUUUAUAUCAGUGCUAUUUGUCUGUGCGCUCUGGCUAGGCGUGUGUUAAACUUUCACUUAUUUCAAAAUUGUACAUUUGCGUGUUUAUUUUGAAUUGUUAUACGUCGAUAUGAGAAAACAUAUGGAUCUUUUACAUUAGCUUGAUGUUACUUCCAACGAGACGAGAAAGGGAUAUUUCAAAUAAGUCAUUCUUUUAGAAUAAUCAAUCAUGAAACAGGAUACCGCAUAUAUGAAAUUGCCUCUGGAGGAGCGCUGUGCGCACAAGUCCUGGCGAGCACGCUUACAUGGAUAUGAGGAGUGCGUGAAGACGUUCCAGUGCAUCGAUGACGAGAAGUCCCCAGAGUGGAACAAGUACAUUGGCUUCAUCAAGAAGUUCAUGGCAGAUUGUAAUGCAGCCGCGCAGGAGAAGGGUCUGGAAGCGACCCUGGCUUUUGUGGAGAAUGCCGCGAUCGCCAGCAAGAUAGUCAUCGAGGUGAUGAACGGCAUCGUGUCCAAAUGCAUCGCCGCGCCUAAAGCCAAGACGAAGGAACUGGCUGUGCAAAUUACGCUGAUGUAUAUCGAGAUCAAGAAGCACGAGGCGGUGCAGGAGGAGCUGUUGAAGGGCACCGAGGCAAAGAAUCCGAAAAUCGUUUCGGCGUGCAUUGCCACUUUGACGCUGGCGCUCAAGAAGUUUGGACCUAAAGUGAUCAAUUUGAAGCCACUGAUGAAGAAGAUGGCAAGCUUUCUAGAAGACAGGGACAAGAGAGUGCGAGAGCAGGGCAAAGCUAUGGUGGUGGAGAUGUAUCGAUGGGUGGGCGAUCGCCUGAAGCAGCAGUUGAACACAUUGAAACCGGUGCAUAUCACGCAGCUUGAGGCAGAGUUUAGCAAUCUCGCCGAUGAGGAGGUGGUGCCUACGCGCUAUUUACGCUCGCAGAAUCCGAAGAAUAUGGUCAACAAUGGCGAUUCAGAAUUCUCGGAUAUAGAUCCGUAUGAUCUAUUGUCGCCUGUAGACAUUCUGUCAAAGCUGCCGAAGGACUUUUAUGAAAAAGUUGAGGCGAAGAAGUGGCAGGAACGGAAGAAGGCGCUGGAAAUGCUGGAAACGCUCGUCAAGAAUCCAAAACUGGAGAACGGCGACUAUGAUGACGUGGUAAGGGCCUUGAAAAAAAUUAUUUCAAAGGAUACUAAUGUGCUGGUGGUCACGCUCGCGGGGAAGUGUCUGGCUGGUCUGGCCGCGGGUCUGAAGAAACGAUUUCAGCUUUCUGGCUAUAUCUGUUUACCUAUCAUCCUGGAGAAGUUCCGCGAGAAGAAGCAAUCAGUGGUGCAG